AUGUCGGCUUCGACAUCCUUCAUCGCCGUCGGUGUCGUCCGUUCGCCUGAUCUGUCAUCGUCGAAACUCAGCAGUCUCGGCUUAUGGGGAAAGGCCCAGAGGCUAAGGCACAGAGUUCGGCCGAUGUAUGUCCAGUCCAUCAUCUCGAAACCAGACACAUAUUUUAGAGAUCCAGACUGGAAGAAACAUUACCAGGAGGAAUUCGAAGAGAAGUUUGAUCUGCCUCAUCUGAAGGAUGUUCUUGAUGUGCAGCCAAUACCGACUACUUUUGCUCUGAAAAGCAGGUAUUCCUUCUGGGUACUAGCUUCAUUUCGAUCCCUCAAAUGGCAUAAAUUUUUCUUGCAUUGCAUGUCCGUAGAGCCAAGCAAAUUGCUUGUCGUGCCUGUUUCACUGUGGAGUGUGGGGUGUUUGAACUGCCCAGAUUGAUAGCGCUGUAACCGUUGACUUUGGGUUUGUCAGAGGCUCUCAAGUUCUGGAUGGAACCAAUUUAUCAACAAAAAGGAGCGAUUAUGUGGAUAAUGACGAUAGAGCACUUUUAAAGGUACCUCAGUGUGCUUUUAAAAAAAUUCAUGGGUGACUUUUUUUCUUCUUUUUUGUUUUCGCAAACAAUCCAGGUUAAACAGGUUGAAGAUCAUAUUGUUUGGUCUUUCCUAAUCAGAUAAAAAUUUUAGGGUGAAAUUUUUCGGUAAAACUGAUGUGGAGAUUAUGUGGGAAAGAUGGAGAAACCUCAGUGUGUGUCAGCUGGGUCUGGCCUAGGGUUUUGUUCUUGGGAAAAUAGGGAAUGCGUGCAUUGCCACUCUCCAUCAUCCAAAGCGCUCAAUUCCCUGGCACAUAACAGAUGCAGGCGCUUGAUCCCUGAGAACCCCCCAGUGUGAGGAAGAAAGGAAGCAUGAAAAAAUGUUUAUUGACUAAUACGUAUGCUUUGGUGGGUUGAAGCUAGGUCUUGGGAAAUGGUGGGUGAAGCAAUGUUUUCCAUUUUUUUUAUGAUAUAUGUGCUAUUUUUUUCAUCAACUAUUGAUCUCGGGAUCCCAACAAAUUGGGUGGAUCAAAUGGGGGCAGGGGAGCUACGGAUUCACCCUUGCAGAUCAUGAUUUCCUCCUCCGAUUGCCCACUUUACCCUGUUGACUUACAAGAAGACUUGUGUUCUUGUUCCAUCUGAUAUCUACAAUCUAAAGGGGAAGAACAAAAGGGUUUUAUUUAUCUAUAUAUAUAUAUAUAAUGAAUGACUAGUUCAUCAUUCAAGAAAUGUGGCUAAGUCAACCAUUCUUGCUGCUCCAUUUCUGUUGUGUAAGUAAGAACUUCGGUCUCCUGUGAUGUUCAGGUUAUAAAGUAUUCUUCGCCAACUUCUGCGGGGGCAGAAUGCAUUGACCCUGACUGCAGCUGGGUGGAGCAAUGGUGGGCCCCGACUUUUUCUUUCUUUCUUUAAUCUUUAUGAAUCUAAUUAUUAUUUUUAAUUCAAAACAAUGGGCUCUUAACCCCAAUACUUCUCUCAUGCAGGGUACAUCGUGCAGGCCCUCGGAAGCAAAUAUUCUUCGACCCAAAGGACGUGAAAGCUGCGAUUGUCACCUGUGGGGGCCUCUGCCCUGGCCUGAAUGACGUCAUCAGACAGGUCUGGCGAUGGUCAACUUACCAGAUUAGGAAAGCACGGCGUAGUAGCUCAUGAGCUCUUAUCUUUCCUGUUCCCUCGUGCUUGCAGAUCGUGUUCACUCUGGAAAUCUACGGUGUUGGUGAGAUUGUGGGGAUUCCCUUUGGGUAUCGAGGGUUCUUCGAUGGCAGUCUGCAGGAGAUACCGGUAAGGCUGUCUGUUUCAUUGUGAUCUGCGGGCAUGGGUGGUUCUUGAUUGGUCAGUGGGUGGCUGCCGCGCCCAGCUCUCGCGGCAUGUUGUGCAGAAUAUCAACCUCUCGGGUGGGAGCUUCCUGGGGACUUCUCGAGGGGGAGCGAGUGUUGGAGACAUUGUGGAUAGCAUAGAGGUGUGCUCUACUUCCUGCAGUGACGUCAUAAUUAUCUGAAUUAUUCUUACAGCAAUGCAGGUUUUCUCCCGAUAAAUGUUUCAGGCCAGAGAAAUUGACAUGCUUUUUGUGCUUGGAGGCAAUGGCACCCACGCGGGGGCCAACGCAAUCCACAACGAGGUAGAGUGGUGGCACUUAAAAUCUCAUUUUUUAUAAAAAUACAGCAUCAGUCAUACUGGAAAGAACAUCAGAAAUAGCUUGGUGUGCCACUUAAAUUCUCAUUUUUUGAAAAAAAUAAAUAAAUUAUGUGCAUCCAAUGAAUAGGCUCCUUGAUGUUCAUGUGCAUCCAAGAAAUCUCUUCCCUUCUGCUGAGUAAAAGAAUUAUCUCCAUUCAUUGUAAUAUUGAUCCGAGCGAAAGAAAAUCGAGAUCUUCUUAAUGACAUUUCUUCUAAGAAGAACCCAUAUUCUCCGUGUUAAUUCGGAAAAAAAUAAAAAAAAUAAAAUAGAGCCCGGAGCUCAUGAUUUUGUGAAGCUCAUGUCGGGUUUUUUAAAUUAAGGAAUAAAGAAUAGAAUAGAGAUUUAGCCCAGCAAUUUUCGAUGCUCAUGCCUCGUCUCCUGGGUGCGCAGUGCCGGCGAAGAAAGCUGAGGAUCUCAGUGGUCUGUGUUCCCAAAACCAUCGACAACGACAUCCUCCUCAUGGAUAAGACCUUCGGGUUCGACACCGCCGUGGAAGAAGCUCAAAGGGCCAUCAACUCUGCAUACAUUGAGGUGUAUAUCUAUCUAUAUAUAUAUAUAUAUUAAUAAAUAAAUAGAUAAAUAUGUAUGUAAUAAAAAGUGGAUGAUAUGAUUAUGCCAAUGCCCGGUCUCAUGGUAGGCUCGGAGCGCGUACCAUGGGGUUGGGCUGGUGAAGCUGAUGGGGAGGAGCAGCGGCUUCAUCGCCAUGUACGCGUCACUCUCGAGCGGGCAGGUGGACGUCUGCUUGAUUCCUGAGGUGGGCGAGCCUCCUCUCUCUCUCCUUCGUGGCCUUCCGGAUUCCUCCCGAUCACCGGUGAAAUCUGAGGUGAAAAUUCUGAAGGUUCCCUUCAAACUGGACGGCCCCUUCGGCGUCCUCGAGCACCUCGAGCAUCUGAUCAAGUCCAAGGGCUCCGCCGUCGUCUGCGUGGCCGAAGGAGCCGGCCAGGUGAGCACCACCAUUAUCCCUCUACUUCUCUCUCUCUCUGUGCUUCUCUGUUUCUCUCUUGCUCAGAGUUCAGGAUUGCAGGAGCUGAUCGAGAAGCCAGACGCGAAGGAUGCGUCGGGCAAUGUGGUGCUGGGGGACAUCGGCGUCCACAUCCAGCAGAAGGUCCUGUACUGCUGAGUUCUGUCUCGCCCCGAUAUGGGUUUCGAUUCGCGAAAGCUGGCCGCUUUGCUCAUCACCAUCAUCGUCCCGAGAUGGGUUUUGACUCGAACGUCUCAUGGUGCAGAUCAAGAGGCACUUCAAGGAAGUAGGGUUCUUCGCGGACGUGAAGUACAUCGACCCGACGUAUAUGAUCCGGGCGUGCCGGGCCAACGCCUCCGACGCCAUCCUCUGCACUGUUCUCGGCCAGAACGCUGUAAGAAAUAAGGAGAGGGCGAGGAGCAUAUUCUUCUUCUUCUUCUUCCUCGCGGCUAGGGUUUGGUUGGGAUGUGAUCUGUUUCUGUGCUGCGCAGGUUCACGGGGCGUUCGCGGGGUUCAGCGGUAUAACCGUGGGGAUCUGCAACACCCACUACGUGUACCUGCCGAUCACCGAGGUCAUCGCUUCGACGAGGCAGGUUGACCCCAAAAGCCGCAUGUGGCACCGGUGUUUGACCUCCACCGGCCAGCCCGAUUUCAUGUAG